GUUGCUGCUGUUAGCUUAAAUCUGCACGCCACCAAACUCCACAUUUAGCCUCUAGUUUGCCCUUAAAUCUGCUACUUUGGGCACUUUAUCUGUAAAUUCUAAUGAAGUGGCAGAAAAUAAACGAUUUGUGUAACUAUUUAAGUUGUAAAAUAACGCGUUUAAACUCGUUUAUUCGUUGAAAGUCGCCGGCGGUGUAACGAGGAUUUGUGUUGACCCGACCAAAGAGGUUCUGAGAUGCCUUGUUUUGACUUCCUGGAUAAAGUGGAGCUUUUUGUGCGGACGGGAACGUUUCCUGUAGACGCAUCAAAAAGCUCAAAGAAAGUGACCAGAGCUGCCAGCAAACGCUUCAUCUAUAAAGAUGGCAGUCUGUGGCGAACUUAUCGAGGUCGCCUCCUCCGGGUCGUCAGGAGCGACGAGGAAGUGAGGGAGAUCCUGACCCGUUACCAUGACAACAACAACCACGCCGGCCGGGUUCGAGCAGUAAAGGAGAUAAUGCUGAUGUAUUACUGGGUCGGAGUGACGGAGGCGGUGAAGACCUGGAUCAAAGCUUGUGCUGUUUGUCAGAGCCGAAGUCCCGCCGAGCCCCCCGAUCCGCCCGUCCAGUUCUGCCUGGCUUACGGCUGCGACUCCUCCAGCUACGUUUACCCCGAACUCAGCUUCCACAGGUUUCCAAAGGAGGCAGAGCGGCGGCGGAGGUGGCUAGCGGUGGCUCAGAGGGACGAAGGCUCGCUGCGCAUCAAUUCCUGCCUCUGCUCCCGACACUUCGAGCCGUCCUGCUUCACGCUGACGGAGGAGGGUCAGCUGACUCUGACGUCAGACGCCAUACCCACCAUCAUCCCUGUGACAGCGCAGGACGAGGUACGUGUCCCAUCAGACGAGGACUUCCUUCAUUCCAACACUCUUGAAGACCUCCUCUCCUCGGCAGCAGCAGCAGCUGCUGCAGAAACCACAGAGCCGUCUGAACCGCCCUUCGAUCACUCUGAAACACCCGUGGAACUGCAGGAACACCAGUACUGCCUCCCGGCUACCGAUUCAGACUCCAGGACGAUCCAGACGGUGAAGGAGGACAAGAGGAGGAAGACCGUCAUCGAGCCGAGCUUCGCGGCUUACAACCAGAUCGCCAGGUAUCUGAGCCACAGGAUCUUACCGAUGCAAAGCAAGAAAAGCAGAGGUGCUCUGAAGAGGAUGGCCAAGCGCUUUGGACUGAUAGAUGGAGUGCUGAUGUACACACGAGUCUCUCCUCCUCUCAGGGUGCCACGCAGCAGAGACGAGGUAAACUCCAUCCUGCAGCAGUUCCACGACAACCAGGGUCACUACGGUCAGGGAAUCUGCCAGCGUGAGAUCAGUAAGCACUUCUACUGGAGCAGCAUGACCCGAGACCUGGCCCGCUGGAUCUCCAGCUGCCACAUCUGCCUCAACAGGACCAAGAGGAAAUGGCUCCGCUGCAGCGUCUACAACUGCACCAACUGCUGCGGGCCGGUGGAGAGAGGCCUGGGCCUGACCUUCCAUAAGUUUCCUCUUCACAACGCAACGCUGCUCGCUCAGUGGUUGAAGGUUGUCGGCCGUCACAACUGGCAUCCUCGGCUCCGCUCGUCCGUGUGUUCGACCCAUUUCACGGAGGACUGCUUCGACCGCAGCGGGGAUAAGGUCACCAUCCACCCGGACGCUGUGCCGUCACUCCUGGUCCACAGCGACUCAGCGACUCAGUCCAGAGGUCCAAACCAGCCUGCUGUGGUGGAGGAGGCCUAUUUCGCCAAGUACGACGCUGUGGAGCUCUACCUCAGCAAACGCAAAUAUCCUCCUGGACUGAGCUACGUAGAGAAGAACACGUUCAGGAGGUUCUGCAAGAAGUUUGCAAUCAAAGACGACAAGCUCCACAUGAUGCGGGGAGAUCGGGUGCGUUUGGUUCUGAGGAGCAGACAGCAGGUCGAAACCGCCCUGAUGGACUAUCACAACGAGCUGAACCACCUCGACGUCAACAAGUGUCUCAGACUGCUCAAUGAGAGGUACUUCUGGAAAACCAUGAGACCUGACGUGGUUCAGUGGAUCAACAGCUGCUCGCAGUGCAGCAGGAGGAAGAGGAAGAAACCAAACGACCAAACGGAAGCAGGAGGGUCAGAGGAGGCGCUGGGAUCACCACAGAUACACCAUUACGUCGACAGUGAGAGGGACGAUGAUGACGACGACGAUGAUGAUGAUGACGACAAAGAUGAGAACGAUGGCGGUGAUGAUGAUGAAGGCGGAGGGAGUGACGGUGACACAGAGAGGCAGCCGGCGAUGAAUUCAGAGGACAGAGUGGAGAAACCUUUGUCACCUCAGCCUGUAACUCCCAUUAACCCCGAGCCCAGAAUUCCCAUCCUCCUUCAUCUAAGAACUCCCAUCAACCUGCAACCCAGAACUCCGAACAACCCCUUUGUGACCAGGAUCUGGUCUGUCAAUAGAGUCAACCCUCCACAGUCUGAAGUCCAGACAAACAGCUCAAAAGUUCAGCCACAGAUCCAAAGCGGCAUCCAGGUUCAGGUGAAUCCUCAGCCGGAGGAGCAGAAACAACUUCAGGAGCAGGAGGAAACGAGCUGCUCUCAGAUUCAGCUGGAGGGCAACGCCACCAAACCUCUCACCGAACCGCAUCCUGCAGCUGAGCCCAAAACACAGCAGAAACUUCCACAAGCCACAAACAAGUCUCAGCUUCCAAAGACCCAGUCGCAAAUAUCGUCACAACCCCGGAGCCAUUGCAGCGUCAUUCAGCGGCCGGUGAAGAGGAGAAGGGAGCUAGAGGCAGACUCUUCGGCUAAGAAGGGCCCCAGCUGUGGCCUGGAGCCUGUGGUGGCCCCGAGCACCAAACCCUGGCCCGUCUUCACCAUCGCUGGCUCUUCUCCGGCAAAGACAGCCAAACCCCCUCCUGAGGUGCACAGCUCUGCUUCCUUGCGGAGGCCCAGGAAGCUGCAGGCCCGGACGGUCAUCCAGCAGUGCAGUCAAGCCAAGGUCAAGAUCAAACCAGCGCUGGACGGGGCCGACGCUCAGUGGGCCGAGAUACAGGAGGGGAUUGUUGUGUAUGUUUGCUUCCUCCAUGGAGCCACUGAGGACGUCACAUGUGAAAUGGCCAACAGUCUGAUGACCACGAAAUUUUUCCGAAAAGACUCCGGACACACUGUGUCCAUCCUCGACCUUCCCGGGAGCGUUUUAUUAAUCCCCCAGGACUCCCUGCUCGGGGAGCCGGUUUCCAAGAGACGGAUGCAGUUCAAGGGCGGCUGUGAGUUGUGGUGGGGCGCCCAGCUCUUCUCGAACCUGGUGUCCGCCUGCAGGGAGUUCAUGUCCGGCUCGGCGAAGUGCACCAAGGCGGGCGUGAAGGUGGAGCAGGGAGUCUACGGCCAGAAACAAGAGAUCGCCCUCAACUCGCUGGAACCGCUGACAAUCCUGCUGGAGUUCUGAGCUACAUCUGAACAUCAUGUGGGGACGGAAGCAAAAAGGUUCUCAGGAUGAGCGGUUUUAUAAAGAGCCUCUCCAGAUUCGUAGAUCUACACUUCGGCCUGGACUUGAACUAACUGGACUUUGUUUUUGUGUUUAAGUCUGUCUCACUACAAUACUUACAUGCAUUUACGUACAUUGAAAUGAGUCUUGGUCGUUUGCUGCUCUCCAUACUGACCCUGAAGCUGUUCUCUCUGAACCAGUCAACACUGUAAGAAAUGAGGGGCAAAAUCCAAAGUUCAGCUGAAGAUAAUACGACGCUUCAGCUGUCUGAGUCGGCUAAAUCGAGUCAGUAUCUUCUGGAGCCGCCCCCUAAAAGUCUCCGAGUUGGUGCAUCAGUCGAGAAGCCUCUGAGUCGACUCGCUUUUUGUCAGUCGAACCGCUGCCACGUAAUUAUAAACAGAGUAACGUGAAACAUAACAGGCUGUAAACAUGGAAAGUGGAAAUCUGACGUUUUCACACCACAAAUGAUGUACAACAGCAUUAAAACAUGAUUCUUACAGGUAAAAUAUGAGACUCAUGUAGGCUGUUAGUUAUAUCAGUUUAAUGUGGGGCGGCUGCUCUGCGGGUUCGCUUGAUUUUAACUGCAGUAACCGAGUGGAGACAUGAUAUUUCUCAUAGGAGGCUGUGUUGAAGAAAGAAACAAACAGUAAUGAUUUUGUUAAGUAUGUAGGUCUAUAAGAAUGAAAUACAUCUAACUAGAUAAAUACAGAGGAAUAUAGAUGAGAAUACACGUCACCCUGCCAUGCAUGAUGAGAGACAACUCUAGUAGCUUCCAAAGUGUCUUCAGUACAAACUUCCCUCUUUUUGUUUUUCUGGGAGGGAUACAUUUUAGUAGUCACAUGUAGCCAUCUUUUUCCUCACAUGUUACAAAACAUGUCACAUGUCAUAACCACAACUCGCUCCUUUCAGCAUCUCUUAAAGGAAAUAUCUGGAACGCAUUUGCUCGUCACUUGUUCCUCUCAGAACGCAUCAGAUGAACACAGACUGAAGUAUAUUCACGUCUUAUUAUCAAAUCCAGGAGGUCUAGAAGACAAGGAGAGCUGGAGAUCAACUCUGAGAUGUCACACACGCACAAAAACACUCAAAUAGUUGGAGCAGGUUGUUACUGUGUCAAGAAACACAGACUGUAAAAAUACUUGAGCUACUUUGAAGCACGUCUUGUGUAGUAAAAGCCGAACGUAUCCCUCCGCCACAGCUGAGCGAGGAACGUUCAGGCAAACAAAAAGAGGCAAUGACACAGCUGAAGCAUCAUUUUAGCUUCAGCUGGACUUUGGAAUGAGGGCUGUGGGUUGUGAGUGUAGUAACGUUCAGAUAGAUCUUCAGGGUCAGUAUGGAGAAUAGGAAUCGUUACAGAAACCAAGACUCACUUCCACGUACAUAUGGGCACGUUGGUAUUGUAUUAAGACAGACUUGAAUAAACCUGAACCUAUCCUUUAAGGUGGUCAUGAGUAAAUUUAAUCUUUGCACUUUGUCCACUUUAUGAAACGUUCACAGAAUCUAGAGGCUCUUUGGAGACGCCUGCAAAGCUCCGUCAGCAGAUAUGUUUAUUCAUCUAAGUCUAAAUUUAAAUGAUGUAACGUGAACGUAACAACAUGUACGUUUUCAGUGAUGACUCCAAAAUAUGUACAGAAGCACUUUAAACCAGACUAACUGAAGCUUCUGCCACAGUUAAUGUGUUACGCACUUAAAACGGUAAGGCUGGCGUAAUUCAGUAUUUUUUUUUUAUUGUCAAAAAAUCCCAAGAAAACACUAAAACCAUCAAUGUAUUAGACCUUUUUUUUUUAAGAGUAUUUUUUGGCUUUUUUUUCUUAAUUUGGUCCGAGGUCGUUACUGAAGAUCAGCUUACAAAUAUGCUGAAUAAUUUCAUUUUUUUAAAAAGGUUCAGUAACUUUUUAAAACAGCUGGCCGCUGUAGUUUUUAACAAACAAACAUGAGGAAAUAGUGCGACUGUUCGGGACUAUUUUCAGUGGUGAAAUGAACCCACAUUUGUUGUGUUUGGGAUUGAGCCAAAAUAGAAGAAAGAGAUUAAUCUAUUGUGGGGUUUUUUUGGGUCUUUUCAUGGGAUUUGUGAACAAUUUUCUCAAAACAGAAGUCUGACAAAAAGAAACUUAAAGGACUGGUUCACAGUUUUUCAAGUGUGU